UGGACAUGACCGAAAAUUUUUUAGAAAAAGUGGCAGUCAAAAUCAUGGAUCGUACAAAGAUGGACACUAAAGCGCAGCGAUUAUUGGAGAGAGAAAUCAAAUCUAUGGAGAAGAUGCAUCAUCCAAAUGUUAUACGAUUAUUUGAGUGUGUAGAAACCUUGACUCGAACCCAUCUAAUCCUGGAAUAUGCUGGUGGAGGCGAACUUUAUGCUUACGUUCAUGAACGAGGAAAAUUGUCCGAUGCAGAAGCUAGACCAUUAUUUGCCCAAGUUGUGGCUGCAGUUUCACAUAUGCACAAGAAAAACAUUGUUCACCGGGACAUCAAAGCCGAGAACAUUAUGUUUUCCGCUCCGGGAGUGGUAAAAUUGGUGGAUUUUGGUUUUUCUUGUAUGGUACCAUCAGCACAAGAGCAGCUUACGACAUUCUGCGGUAGUCCACCGUAUGCUGCACCUGAGUUGUUCAGGGAUCAAAGCUAUGUGGGAUCUAUGGUCGACAUCUGGGCGCUUGGUAUUCUGCUUCACUUCAUGCUUAUAGGUAUCACUCCCUUCAAAGGAGAGUCCGUACCCGAGCUCAAAACGGCCAUUUUACAAGGCAGCUUCACGCUGCCCAUGUAUCUAGAGCAUUCAUCACGAAUGCUUAUUGAGAGCAUGCUUCAAAUGGAACCGUACAAGCGACCUAAAAUUGACGACAUCAAGAAGUCCAUUUGGCUCAGAGGAUGCAAAUUUCCUCCCACUUACCUUAAUCUGGCGAGCCAUCAAGAAAAAAUCGAAGCGGAGAAGAAUGAGAUAUCGAAAAAGGUAGGGCAGUUCAAAGCAUUCCCAAAAUCUGUCGCUCAUGUUUUCUACCUUAUACCUUACAAAACAUUUACUGCGUGUUCUUUGAACCGCCAAAAAGUCUGGGAUAUCAUGCAUAGCUAUGGGAUCACAGAGCAGAUGCUAGAUGACUCACAAGAUCGUGGACCGAGAAAUGCAAUGAUUGGCACAUACCGUAUCGUGCAGUACCAAGUGCAGACGGCAGCCAAACAAUCGGUAAGGCACCUUUCUUUGAGCGUUGCAUGCCUCAGGGUAGAGAUCAUAGUAAAUGUAGAACCAGGACCAUCGCUUUAUACAGAAAAAUCAGUGCACGGAAAGAAAUUUUGUUUGUUCAUAAUAUAGAU